AUGGAGGCCUUUGGGAGGUUUUCAGCAGGCCGCGCCAAGGCGUCCCCCGCGGGCCAGCGGUCCCCGGCGCAGGGCGCAGGGCGCAGGGCGCGCGGGGUCGGGGCGGGCGGAGGGCGCCGGGGCCUCAGCGCUGCGCCCUCGGCCCGCCCCGCAGGUAUCUACGAAUGCAAGGAGAAACGCGAGGACGUGAAGUCCGAGGACGAGGACGGGCAGACGAAGCUGAAGCAGCGACGCAGCCGCACCAACUUCACGCUGGAGCAGCUGAACGAGCUGGAGCGGCUCUUCGACGAGACGCACUACCCCGACGCCUUCAUGCGGGAGGAGCUCAGCCAGCGCCUGGGGCUGUCGGAGGCGCGCGUGCAGGUUUGGUUCCAGAACCGGAGGGCCAAGUGCCGCAAACAGGAGAACCAGAUGCAUAAAGGCGUCAUCCUGGGCACCGCCAGCCACCUGGACGCCUGCAGGGUGGCGCCCUACGUGAACAUGGGCGCCCUGCGGAUGCCUUUCCAACAGGUCCAGGCGCAGCUGCAGCUGGAAGGCGUGGCGCACGCGCACCCUCACCUGCACCCGCACCUGGCGGCGCACGCGCCCUACCUGAUGUUCCCGCCGCCGCCCUUUGGGUUGCCCAUCGCCUCGCUGGCCGAGUCCGCCUCGGCCGCCGCCGUCGUGGCCGCCGCCGCCAAGAGCAACAGUAAAAACUCCAGCGCCACGCGACAGGCGUGGAAAGCUCACGGCGCCCACUCCUCGCCCGCCUGCCCGCCCGCCCGGCGGCUGCAAUGA